AUGAGUUCGCAGAAAGAAAAUACUGGAAUCUGUAUCAUGUGUAGAUCUUCACCUUCUAAAGAUUCCAGCAUCACUUUGUAUCGGUUUCCAAAGCCUGACACUAGAAAUGCUCUGCGAUAUGUAUACUUUAUACACACAGGAGACAUGCCGACUGAAGCAGUGGCAACAGCCAAUUUAAUUACAUAUAUGGAUGAACUGUUUGAUGGUGUAAACGCGUCGACACCAGACCUAAGAAGAGGAAAAAAUUUUCGACGAACAUGA